CACCGCCGCCGCCGCCAUCCCCUCCAAUAUUUUCCCCGCCAGCGACCCCAAUAUGCGUCGACCAGUUGUCGUACUGCGCGGACUGGAAAAACAGCGGCUAUUGUGAUCCCAUGUACACCUCUGGCGGCUUGUCCGUCCGUGACUACUGGUGCCGCCAGUCGUGUGGAGUCUGCACCGCGCCACCGCUCUCAUCACCGCCACCACCGCCGCCGCGGCCACCACCAUCGCCAUGCGUCGACCAGUUGUCGUACUGCGCGGACUGGAAAAACAGCGGCUAUUGCGAUCCCACGUACACCUCUGGCGGCUUGUCCGUCCGUGACUACUGGUGCCGCCUGACGUGUGGAGUCUGCACCGCGCCACCGCUCUCAUCACCGCCACCACCGCCGCCGCGGCCACCACCAUCACCAUGCGUCGACCAGUUGUCGUACUGCGCGGACUGGAAAAACAACGGCUAUUGUGAUCCCAUGUACACCUCUGGCGGCUUGUCCGUCCGUGACUACUGGUGCCGCCAGUCGUGUGGAGUCUGCACCGCGCCUCCUAAUGCACCAUUUCCACCGCCCCUUCCCGGAGAUGCCCUAAUCGGCGGCUGUGCCGACCCUGCCGCCAGCCUGCUGCUGCACAACCAGUACCGUACACGGCACGGGUCGCCGGCCCUGGGCUGGAACAACACCCUCGCACAGCAAGCAAAGAACUGGGCCGCCAACCUGGCGCUAAACAACAGCUGCGGUUUGUAUCACGAAGGAGUCGCCGGCGAGAAUUUGUACAUGGCGUCGACCUCAAGCCAGACAUCUCCCCUCAAUUGCAGUAGGGCAGUGGACGCAUGGUACGGCGAAAUUUCGCUGUACAAGUUCACGAGCACACCGUACACUGACAAUACAUUCUCGAGUAUUGGGCACUUCACUCAAGUUGUGUGGGCUUCGACAGCGCAAGUUGGCUGUGGUGCAGUGCGGGGCACGAACUGUUACGUGGUUAGUUGCCGGUAUGCACCACCGGGAAAUAUUAUUGGAGAUAGCAACUUUCUGGCGAACGUCCUUCCCCCCGUCUCUGCCCGCCGAUCACUUGAAGUGGACGUCGCUUCUGUUGACGACGUGCUGCCCACCGGCAGUGACAGCGAUGGACAGGUGGUCAUUACGUCCGUUGCUUAGUAACAAACACGGAACGCAAACCCACGGUAAUACAUGCACAUGCCCCACCACUACUUCAUCCACCUAAAAACACGCCAGCCAGGCAUUCUGUUCCAUCUCCACUAUGUGCGUGUACAUGCACAUUCCACGCAGAUUGAUAGGUGCCCCGCACCUUCGUGCUUAGAUACACACGUUCUUUGGUGCAGAUCGAGUUUUCGCAUUUCCUGGUUGGAUUGGUUUCUGGACGUGUUUGCAAAAGGCUCCAGGGAUCCAGCGAAUUUAUAUAUUAUGCCAGCCACAUGCACGGUAUGUAGUUCCAUAUACCGGCAUCAUAUGUAUUGUGCUGUGCAUGCCAUUAAUUACACCCAAGGCCGUCUCUGUAUGUAUGGCAGUUGUUUGCUUAAAUAUAGGUUCCAAUCGUUCCCAAGCCACCGCUACUCCAUAGUGCAUGUGCAUGUGUACAGCGCGACCCGAGCUAGCAAGCGCAUGUCGUAGGAGUCAAUUGUAUGACUCCAUACUGGCCAAUGGUGCUGGCUGGCCAACCAGAGUGCACAUAACCAAGUGCCUCUCCUGUGUCAACGUUGCAUGCAAGUGGGGAGUGCGUCCCCUGGCCCCGCACCCAUAUGCGAGUUCUCCUAAUGAUGCAUGUGUCCGCCGGGGCAUGGUACAGUGUGGACUGCAGGCGUAGAAAUGCAGCCCACGUUUAUUUCCCCCUUAGCAUGAAGAGACAUGAAGCUACCUCAACUCAUACACACCAUGCUCGGGCCGAUGUACUCCUAUAAAUUAGUAUUACUAUUGCCGCCCUAAUCGAGGUGUCCAGGGGCCAUUUCUUCUUUGACUCGUGAUGUAUUGCAGCUUAGGUACGGCCGAUGUGUCCGGCCUAGGAGUAGUCAUAUGGUUGAGCACCAUCUGGGAAAAAAGCGGAUGUGCAACCAAGCGAGGAACUACUUGUAUGUGCUUAAUUCUAUAUUAUACCGCUGUACGGCCAUUUAUGCCACUAGGUCGAUUUAUGCCAAUAGGUCGAUCGUAAACAUGCUCCGUAUGUACGGGAGCCAGCUGAUCCUGUGAUGGAGCGGUCCCUUGCCCGGUUUGCGGUUUUUCACAUCCAUGGCUCAUCAUCCUCAGUCGUGUCUAGGAGAUUACGCAAGGCAUUGCAAUUUUGCGUGGUUAACCGCGAUAGAGGCAAUAUCCUUUGCAGGUUAGUUCUGCGUUCGGUCAGGUCAAUACUUCUUAUCAUGCAGCCAUGCACUUAGCUGGCACGGUGUGUAGCCAGUGCGUGGUGUGGUGGUCGACUAAUGAAAUGUCCCAGAUGCAGAACCUUGCAUGUAAAGUAUUUGCGUCCC